AUGGGGGAUUCACACCAAGGAAUUAAGAAAGGAAAGGGCAAAGAGAAAGAGAACUAUGAAUCUUGGACCAUGAAUGAUACUAAUGAAUUGUUGCACCUCUUGGUGGAUGCUAUCAACAAUGGAUUGCGUGAUGCUAACGGAUCACUUAGCAAACAAAAUGUAGAAGGAGUGAUACUUCAUCAUCUUAAUGCAAAGUCUAGGUUUCCUAAAACUUAUAAUCAUUACUUGAGUAGGCUAAAGUGGUUGAAGAACCAAUAUAACAAAAUGUCGACGCUUAUGCGUAACAACUCUGGCUUUGGGUGGGACGCAGUUACAAAGACGUUCACUGCUAGUGAUGAAGUAUGGGAAGAUUACUUGAAGUCUCAUCCAAGUCACGACAAGCUUAGUGAAAAGAGUGCAAUUGAUUAUGAAGAAUUGAAGAUUGUCUUUGGUGGUGCAACUGCUACUGGGAAUGGUUCCAUUGCAUUAGGCACUAAUGAUACCGAUGCUACAACUCUUGGAGAAGAAAAUAGGGAUUCCAGGAUAGAAGACUUUGUGUAUGAUCCUAUCAACGAUGCCUUCAUAACACCAAAUCACUAUGAACCACUCGACCAUUCUCUAUCAUCCUACCAAUGUAGUCAACCAUCUCAUUUCACUUUAGAUUCAGAGAUUCACACUGAAGAAAAAAGUCACAGUAAGCGAAGUAGAUCUGAAUAUGAAGGGGAUUCUACCUCAGUUGGGACCAAAAAUCAAGCUAAAGUUCUAGAAAAUCUUUCAAUUGGCAUUGGGACUAUUGCUAGCAAUUUGGAAAAAGUGUCUAAACUAAUGGAGGAAAGAGAAAGAGAUAGAAAAAGAGAAGGUAAUAUUUGGAAUGCUAUAAAAGAGAUUCCAAAUUUGGAGGAUAAGACUCGAUUCUUGGCAGUUGAUUUGCUUAAUACUAAAGCAAAGAAGGACUUGUUCUUGAGCAUGUCAUUAGAAGAGCGCUUUUCUUGUAUAAAUUUCAAGCUAGGGUGA